AAGGCGUGGAAACGUGCCUGUGCUUUUCCAAAAGAGUUCGGUUGGUUAGAGGGGGACAGUGAAGGCAUCAUCGAUGGCCGGUCUACACGGGCAGCUGGUUUAUAGAGCAGGGCUGAGAGAGUGAUCGACCCCACAACUCUUCUUUAUUAGGUGUUACAAUAACUCAGUGAUGCCGCCCCCUGCUGACAUAGUGAAGGUGGCAAUUGAGUGGCCAGGGGCUAAUGCUCAGCUCAUAGAGUUGGACCAGAAAAGACCUUUGUCAUCAAUAAUACGAGAAGUAUGUGAUGGCUGGUCUCUGUCAGGAUCAGAGCAGUUCGCUUUGCGCUACGCCGAUGGUCCUCAGCUUUAUAUCACUGAGCAGAGUCGUGGUGAUAUCAAAAAUGGAACCAUCCUUCGAUUAGCCAUUUCUCCUGGCCGUGCUGCGCGUCAGCUCUUGGAGAGGAUUCAGUCCCACAGCAUCGACGCUCGGCUGGAGGCCCUGAAGGAGCUGGCCAAGCUGUCUGCAGAUCCAACCUUUGCCACAGAGUUCAUUAAUAUGGAAGGCAUAGGGACAUUGGCACGACUUGCAGAAAGUGGCACACACUUUGGUGAAAUGUUGGCCUUCACCCUCACAGCCUUCCUGGAGCUCAUGGACCAUGGCAUUGUGUCUUGGGACCUAAUUUCCAUCUCCUUCAUCAAACAGAUUGCAGGCUACGUCAACCAGCCCAUGGUGGACGUGUCCAUCCUUCAACGUUCUCUGGCCAUCUUGGAGAGCAUGGUCCUCAACAGCCACAGUCUGUACCAUCGAGUGGCCCAGGAGAUCACCGUGGGACAACUCAUCGGACACCUGCAAGUGUCAAACCAGGAAAUCCAGACGUACGCCAUCGCUCUCAUCAAUGCACUUUUCCUGAAGGCGCCAGAGGACAGACGACAGGAGGAGUAUACUAACCCUCUGGAGCAGCACCUCACUGAAAUGGCGAGCACUUUGGCCCAAAAACACUUACGCUCCAUCAUCCUAAAUCACGUCAUUCGCGGAAAUCGACCAAUCAAAGCUGAAAUGGCACAUCAACUGUACGUACUGCAGGUGUUGACCUUUAACCUUUUAGAAGAGCGUAUGAUGACCAAAAUGGAUCCCAACGACCAGGCCCAGAGAGAUAUCAUUUUUGAGCUGCGGAGGAUCGCCUUUGAGGGAGAGAAUGACCCAACUGGUACAGAGAAGAGGAAGGCCAUGUACACCAAGGACUACAAGAUGCUGGGUUUCACUAACCAUGUGAAUCCAGCCCUGGAUUUUACCCAGACUCCUCCUGGGAUGCUCGCUCUGGACAACAUGCUUUACUUGGCCAAAGUUCACCAGGACACGUACAUCAGGAUUGUCCUGGAGAACAGCAGCCGCGAAGACAAACACGAGUGUCCAUUUGGCCGAUGUGCCAUUGAACUCACCAGAAUGUUGUGUGAGAUUCUCCAGGUUGGAGAGCUGCCUAACGAAGGCUGUAACGACUACCAUCCCAUGUUCUUCACCCAUGAUCGGGCGUGGGAGGAGUUUUUCUGCGUCUGCAUUCAGCUGCUUAACAAAACCUGGAAAGAGAUGAGAGCCACAGCCGAGGACUUCAACAAGGUGAUGCAGGUGGUCCGUGAGCAGAUCACCAGAGCUCUGGCCAUGAAGCCGUCGUCUUUGGACCAGCUGAAGAUUAAACUGAGAGGCUUGAGCUACUCCGAGAUUCUACGUCUGCGACAGUCGGAGAGACUGAGUCAGGACGACUUCCAGUCUCCACCCAUCAUUGAGCUCCGAGAGAGAAUACAGCCAGAGAUCCUGGAGCUCAUCAAGCAACAGCGACUCAACCGGCUGUGUGAGGGAAGCUGCUUCCGCAAGUUAGGCAACCGUCGAAGACAAGAAAAGUUUUGGUUCUGCAGACUCUCUCUGAACCACAAAGUGCUCCACUACGGUGACCUGGAUGAGUCUCCUCAGGGAGAAGUGCCUUUUGAACUCCUCAGUGACAAGAUUCCUGUGUCAGAUAUUAAGUCUGUAGUAACAGGAAAAGACUGCCCACACAUGAAAGAAAAAAGUGCUCUGAAGCAAAACAAGGAGGUGCUGGAGUUGGCCUUCUCUGUUCUCUAUGAUCCUGAUGAAACUCUCAACUUUGUUGCCCCCAACAAAUAUGAGUACUGCAUCUGGACUGACGGACUGUGUGCCCUGCUGGGCAGAGAGAUGGGCAGCGAUCUCACACGCAGUGACAUAGAUACUCUCAUCAGCAUGGAGAUGAAGCUCCGCCUCCUGGACCUGGAGAACAUCACCAUCCCUGAAGCGGCUCCUCCCAUUCCAAAGGAGCCUAGCUCUUAUAACUUCACCUAUCCUAAGGUUUGAGGUGUGUGUGUGUGAGUGUGUGUGUGUGUGUGUUCCCACUGCAUGUACAUCACUUGAUUGUGAUGAGUUAAUUCAGUCUCACAAUUGGAGAAAGCUACAACUGUGCGAACCAGGAAAAGGCUUCUUCACAGACUUGUCCACUAGUCCACGAUCGUGAUGCUACAUGGUCCAUCACAUCAUGGUCUUUUAUUUAUAGUUUCUAAAGGAGGUUAGAGAUGAUGGUCUGUUAUAAAGCCGGACCACUGGAGCCUGCAGAUAUUCACUGAUUGAGUGCAGUCUCCAGGCAACGGCUUCAUUUCUAUUUUACAUUCUCUGCAAUGGAAGAAUUUGGGGAAAAAUCAGAUGCAUGAUUCUGCAAAAUUAAUAUUUGUCCAAUUGUAUUUGAUCACAAUUUAGCGUAAAGUAGUAACAAAAUAUUAGUAGUCAUUUUCCCAGUACAUGUUUUGCAUUUAUUUAAAAUUUUCUUUUAACCGUUUUGAAUUUGAUAUUUUCCGAAUGUGUUUAUAAACACAGAAGAUGUAGAUUUUCCUGACUGGUCUCUGAGUUACUGCACAGGUACCACAUUAUCUGUAUAAAUGUGAUACUGUUAAUCAUAUCCAUCAAAUAACAACUGUAACUAAUACAUUUAUCUUUGUAAACAAGUGCAGGUCAGAGCCAGUAGAAACAGUAGACAGGCCAGAGAUCACACUGCCCUCCUUUGGUACUGCAGUAAUUAGCACCUGUUGAUUGGUGGUGCUGUAGUCUGUCAUCGUGGUCCUUUAGUGAGACAUCAUUUUCCCAAAUUGUCUCAGUUAGUGUUUCUCUGAGGUUCAGCCUAGCUACCAUUUUUUCCCCAUAAUUUUAUGGUUUGUUUUUAUAUAAGAUAUUACACAUGGAACCUUUAGGAGAGCGGAUGGAUAUUAGAGAAGGGCGGAAACAUCAUAUUUUACCAAAUAUACUUCAAUUUAAAGUUAAAUACAGUAACAGUCAAGUUAAACAUGUCACAUGUCAUAAUGGUGUGUACACAAGACUAUUGACUCAACAUGUUUCUUCAGCACUAUCCCUACUGUUAACACAGUCUUUUGGGGUUUGCUCAUAUUUGAAUAUAUAUGAACCUUUCAUGUUAACCCACAGUUACUACAUUGCCUUAAGAUGACCCCCUGUCUAAAUAUAUCAUUAUUUUUUGUUAGCUCUGAUGAUGCACUUUUUUUUUAAAUUUCCACUGAGCCCUACCUUAUAGUUUACACCUAAUGUACACCUCAUAUUAAUUUAACUCACAUUGUACUGUAUACGUCCAACAGACUGUACUGUGAAUGUGAAAGAAAUUAUUUGAAAUAUUUUAAAGUAUUAUUCAGAUAUGAUUAUAUAAAUAUAUAAAGUAGUUUAUAUAUUCUACAAAAUAAUAUGCAGUCAGUUAUUUUUAAAACAUACAAAGGGGCCAGAUUUCGAUGCUACUUUUUCUUAGCGUAUCGGUUUUGUUUAAAGAUUCUUCACUUUGACAUUCCAGCUGCUAUUGACGCCUCUGCUGUCCGAAAUGUUCCACAUCAUGAGGUUUUAUUGUAGAAUUCUAACACAGACACAGACACAGACAAAAAGGGGCAGAACUCGUUUGGUAAUGAGAAGAAACUAGUCAUAACUGGGCUGUAAAUGGCUUAGAUUCACCUCGUACACAGUGGUCAGUGAGUUUGACACUGAACCACUGAUGUUCUUUCCUACUACCAACAAGAGGUGAUUCGAUAUAAAUGCUGACUUUUUUUUUUUUUAAAAGAAUGUCUUUGAUGACCUGUCGACUUGUUACGUGGUACUAAACACUGUUUUCAUUUGUUAAUGCAGAGUAGAAAUAUAUUUUUGUAUAUUAUUGUACAAACGUGUCAGCUGUGGGAAGACCAGAUGUGAAACUCGAUAACACUAAUCCCGUCAUCACACCGUAGGCCCCAUCAGCAUGUCUGUUACUGUAGAAGAAGGACUUUUGACACUGGGUAGUUUUUGUAGACUAAAAAAAAAAAAACACCUCAGAAAAUGUUCAGGACCCCGUCCACUCCAGCACCCAAUGAUGAUGUCAGUAUUAAUGUCAUUAUUUCCUGUAGUUACUCUGCCAUAAUGUUUGUAAAAUUUAAAACAACUGAUUAGUUUGACUUAUGUGGUUUAGGUUUCACUUUUGAGGUCAGUCAGUGAACGCAUAAUUUGUUCUUAGAAAAUAAAGGCCAUUUAAGUUAAAGAAAAAAGGUUAUUGCAUUGGAUGUACUGUAACCGAAGGCCUUGAAAGUUUUGCAUCUUACAUUCUUUUACAAAACCUUCAAAAAUAUUUAUUUGCACUUGCUAGUGACAGGAAAAUGUUAUUUGUUGAGGUAUAAAUAAUAUACAGUAAACAUCAGAUAUGGAAUACAUAGAAAUGACUUUAUGUAUAUAACGUAUUGUGUUGCCUAAAUGGAAGAGAUGUUGUUUUGUGUGAAUAAAUACAAAGUCUAAAAAGGAA